UCAAGAUGGCGGCCUCGGCUUCCCUGCGUCCGCUUGCCUGGGGUGGGCGCUGAGGGCGGAAGCGUCCUGGGGAGAAGAGCAUCUCUGCUGCGUCCAGGGGCGCAAGGCAUGGACUGCUACACGGCAAACUGGGACCCCCUCGGGGAAGCGGCCUAUUACCGGAAACUGGAUUUGUACACCAUGGGCUGGGACCUGAGAGAAGACCUGCGGGAUUGCUUGGUUGCUGCCGCGCCCUACGGAGGCCCCAUCGCUUUGCUGAAAAACAAGAAGGAGAAAUCUCCCAGUUCCCGGCCACCUCUGGAAAUCUACACUGCCUCGGGGGUCCUCUUGGCUAGCAUUCCGUGGAAGAACAGUCCGGCUGUGCACCUUGGCUGGACGACCAGUGAGGACCUCCUCUGCAUCCAGGAAGACGGCUCAGUCCUUGUCUACAGCCUCUUCUGUGAGUUCAAGCGGCGCUUCAGCAUGGGCAACGAGGUGCUUCAGAACCACGUGCUGGAGGCCAAGGUGUUCCACACGGAAUAUGGCACAGGGGUGGCCAUCCUCACCGGGGCCCACCGCUUCACCAUAGCCACCAACGUCGAGGACUUGAAACUCCGCAGGCUGCCUCAGGUACCAGGUGUCCAGAAGCCCCCCUCCUGCUGGGCCGUCCUGUGUCAAGAGAGAGUGACCGUCCUCCUCGUUGCCGUUGGCCAAGAGCUGUACCUACUGGACAACACGACCUGCUCCCCGGUGACCCUGCCUGGGCUGAGUCCUCACGCUGGCUCCUUCCUGCGGAUGGCGGUGUCCUUCAACUAUCGCUACCUGGCUCUCUUCACCGACACAGGAUACAUCUGGAUGGGGAAGUCCAACCUGAAGGAAAAACUGGGCGAGUCCAUCUGUGAAUUUCGAGCUCCGCCAAAGCAGAUGGUCUGGUGCACCCGCUCUCGAAGCAAGCAGCGUGCCGUGGUGAUGGCGUGGGAACGGCGCCUCCUUGUGGCUGGGGACGCAGAGCAGUGCAUUCAGUACCCUCUGGACGAGGAUUCGUACCUCGUGCCGGAGCUCGAUGGCGUGAGGAUCUUCUCCCGUUCCACCCACGAAUUCCUCCACGAGAUCCCAGAGGCCAGCCAGGAAGUCUUCAAGAUUGCAUCCAUGGCGCCAGGAGCAUUGCUGUUGGAAGCUCAGAAAGAGUAUGAGAAAGAGAGCCAGAAGGCCGACGAGUACCUGCGGGAGAUCAAGGACCAGAAUCUGCUCCCGGAGGCCGUGGAGCAAUGCAUCAGGGCGGCCAGCUACGAACACGAGCCCGAGAUCCAGAAAUCUCUCCUUCGGGCGGCCUCCUUUGGGAAAUGCUUCAUCGACAAGUUCCCUCCCGAGCGUUUUGUGGAGACGUGCAGGGGUCUGCGGGUGCUGAAUGCCAUCCGGGAUUACCAGAUCGGGAUCCCCCUCAGCUUUGACCAAUACACACAGGUCACCACGGAAGUUUUGCUGGACAGGCUGGUUCUGCGGAGACUUUACCCCAUCGCUAUCAAGAUCUGUGAGUACCUGCGUCUCUCAGAGUUCCAGGGGAUCAGCCGCAUCUUGGCGCACUGGGCCUGCUACAAGGUACAGCAGAAAGACAAAUCUGAUGAGGAAGUAGCUCAGGCCAUCAACCAGAAACUGGGCGAUACCCCCGGCAUCUCGUACUCUGAGAUCGCUGCCCGGGCAUACGAAUGCGGCCGGACAGAGCUGGCCAUUAAGCUGCUGGAGUACGAGCCCCGGUCUGGGAAGCAGGUUCCUUUGCUGCUGAAGAUGAAGAGGAGCCAGCUGGCACUUAGCAAGGCCAUCGAGAGCGGAGACACCGACUUGGUUUACACGGUCGUCUUGCACCUGAAGAAUGAGCUGAACCGCGGCGCCUUCUUCAUGACCCUGCAGAACCAGCCAGUGGCUUUGAGCCUCUAUCGCCAGUUCUGCAAAUACCAAGAGCUGGAUACGCUCAAAGACCUCUACAACCAAGACGACGACCACCAGGAGCUGGGCAACUUCCACGUGCGUGCCAGCUAUGCCAGUGAUAAGCAGAUCGACGGGCGGGUGGCCAGUUUGCAGAACGCAGUGGAUGAGUACUACAAAGCCAAGAACGAGUUUGCGGCCAAGGCCACCGAAGACCAGAUCAAGCUCCUCCGCAGCCAGCGGCGCCUCCAGGCCGACUUUGACAAGCCCUACCUGGACGAGUCCCUCCACGACACGGUCUACAACCUGAUCCUAGAGGGGAACCACAAGCGAGCGGAGCAGUUCUACCGCGACUUCAAGAUCCCCGACAAACGGUUCUGGUGGCUGAAGAUCAACGCCUUGGCUGAGCAAGGAGACUGGGAAGAGCUGGAGAAGUUCUCCAAGUCCAAGAAGUCCCCCAUUGGAUACCUGCCUUUUGUCGAGAUGAGCAUGAAGCACCACAACCGCCACGAAGCAAAGAAGUACGCCCCCCGCGUUGCCCCAGAACAGAGGGUGAAAGCCUUCCUUCUGGUAGGGGACUUGAGCCAGGCUUCUGAAGCCGCCAUCGAACGGAAGAACGAAGCAGAGAUGAAUCUCGUCCUCUCGAAGUGCACGGCGGCCGCAGACGCUUCUGUCGUUGCAAAGAUCAACCUCGCCAAAGCUCAGCUUGGAAAGAAGUAGGGGGGUCCCCACCUCCCCCCCCCCCCACCUUGC